AUCAUCGACCUGUGGCAGGGUAUGGACUUCAGACUGGUGGCUCAUGCAGGUCGUGACACUUUCAUUAUCGGAGGAGCAGACGACAUACUGGCUCAACUAGAAGAGAGUCAAGUCACCAUAGGAACCAUCAGUGGUUCAAGAUACGUGGCACCAAUCAAGAACCAAGUGGAGGAGUGGGAGAGAAAGCUCCAGGCCUUUGCCCGUACCCUGGAGGAGUGGAUGAAGUUCCAGAGAAACUGGCUGUACCUGGAACAGAUAUUUAGUACACCUGAUAUCCAGAGACAACUGGGGCCUGAACACAAGAUGUUUACCGGAGUAGACAAGGCCUGGAAGGACAUCAUGCGCCGCGUGGAGGACCGCCCUAACGCCCUCAAAUCUGCCCUCGCCUCAGGAACCCUGGAGACGCUGCAGACUGGGAAUGGCACAUUAGAGAAAAUCCAGAAAAGUCUAGAG